AUAAGGAACAAUUAUAUAUGCAUCGUGAAAGUUAAAAUAAUAAAUUCAAUUUACUUAUGGUAGAAAAUGUUUGAGCUGUUUGUAGCUUGAAAAAUUUUCUACUCGCGUAAUUUUUAACUGCAUACGAUGUGCUACAUGUUUUAUUGUUAACGGAAUAGUUUUUAUUCUGGCCAUGUGAACAAAAAACAGUUAACGUCCGAAACACAUUGAUUUUCAAUCGAGAAUUUCUGUGACAUUUUCACAAUGCUGUUCGCGAUUGAAGUAAAUGCACAGAAUAUAGUUGGCAUGACACAUAACCUAGAAACACUUAACUUUCAAAACGAUUUGUGGAAAAGGUUUUGAUGUCAUUUUAUUCAGAGAUUUAAAACAUUAGUGAAUUAGUGCAAGUGAUAUUAAUAUUGGCUUCGUUUUGUUUGUUUUAUUCUACGCUUUCGUACGCUGUCUAUUAAUUUUCCUGCAAGAAUAACUAUUUAUCUUAUAAGUUUCUGUAUUUACAAGAGAAAUUACGAACAAUAUAAAUGACGGUAUGCGUUUGAUUGUGCAUUUCCAGAAGACACACUUUUAAUAAAGUAAUCGUGAGCAGUGUAAAUAUAUCACUGUUGUUGUGAAAAAUUCAGUUUGAUGCAUCUAUCAAAUAAUAACCUUGAUAAGUUCGAAAUGAAAAUUCCGUCAAGAAGAUAUUAAUGUUUCGAACUAUCUUCUCCUGUCAAAGCUGAUUGUAGGAUGCUUUUACAAAACAGUUCAAUCAAGGAUUAUUAUUUUUGUAAAAUCGUUAGAAAACGAAAGUAACAGAUAUCAUUACAAAAUAUAUGAGAGGAGUUUUGCAGAGGAUUAUUUCAAUACCAUGUGAAGAAGUUUUUGGUUAAAGUAGUCAUGGAUGAAAGGAGGGUAGCAGAUUAUUUUGUUAUCGCUGGUUUGCCCGGUCAAGAUAGUGAUUUUGAAAAUGAUAAUGAAACUCAAGAGAAAUUGGAAGAUUGGUACCAAGAGGGAACACAUGUCAAAGACAUGCAUAUGAAACCUCCAAUCACUGAUCUUGCCAUUAUAUUCCCAGCAUUAGGCGAACAAUGUCCAGAAGGAUAUACUUUGUUAGAGCAUACUGUUUCAGGUUUAUCAGCUGAUUUAAACCAUGGUAGCUUAAGAACAAAUGAAUGUUAUUUAUGUUAUCGGAGAGGGAGAGACAAACCUCCUUUAGUUGAUAUAGGUGUUAUAUAUGAUGGCAAAGAACGCAUAAUGCAAGAUGCAAAAAUGGUGUUGGAAACUCCUAAUGGACAUUUAGCAAAUGUGAACAAUUCGACAUCAAGAAUUUUUGUCACAUACAGACGGGCAAGUCAUAAAAUGUCCUGCAACUCUUUAGUCGUAACAGAUAUAUGUGUGAUCUUGAUGAAUAAAGGAGAAACACCACCACAUGCUUUUUGUAUUAUCAAUAAGAACUUGAACAAGGGCAUGUUGGGCAGCGAUGUAUAUUUGUGUUACAAGAAGUCCAUGAAUCGCGCGAAUCUAAUAUCAUUUAAGCCAACCGUUCUUUACAAAUAUCCGAUGUCUGAUUAUAAUAGUUUUGUUUUUCCAAAUUCUGUUGCAAUGUUCUGCUUACCAAUGGGAGCAACAAUAGAAUGUUGGCCAAAGAUGGUCAGUAAACCAAAACCAGUGUUUUCGACAUUUGUUUUAACUGUUGCCGAUGCGGCUCAGAAAAUAUAUGGUUCGGCGAUAACGUUUUACGAGGAGAUUGAAUUGGAAUUGGAUAUCUCCAAUUCGAAAGAGAAUCAACAGUUGCCCGAUAUUCUCGCGGAGAACAUUCAGAAUUCUGUUGACCACACAGAAAUCGAUAAGGAACAGUCGCAAGUAAAAGCGCUUAAGCGGACUGGAAUACUUAAGAAGCUUACCCAACUGCAAUUGGAGAAGCUGCAGUUGACGGAUCCCGCUUCUCAGUCGUUGAAUAUCAGUAAAUCAAUAUGCAUUCUGUCUCACUGGCCAUUCUUCGAUACGUUCGAGAAAUUUUUAGUUUUUCUACAUAGCCUGGUUAAUAACAAACCGCAGAACGUUCCUAUUGAGAAAUAUAUAGCAUAUUUUUUGUACGACAUACCGUUCCCGAGCCCACAGAGACCAAGAAUCCUUGUACAAUUAAGUAGCAACAACAGAUUAAUUUUAACACAACCGGAAGAUUUAGCGUUGCCUAGGUCCGGCGCUAGUUUCCGGCAAUUACUCACUAACUUAGGGCCUGACAAUUGUUUACUUAUAUUGCUGUUAAUAUUAACUGAGCAGAAGAUACUUGUACAUUCAUUGCGUCCUGAUGUACUUACAUCGGUCAGUGAAGCUAUCGCAAUGAUAUUAUUUCCAUUUAAGUGGCAAUGUCCAUACAUACCAUUAUGUCCAUUAGGUUUAGCAGAGGUGUUGCAUGCUCCGUUACCAUUUUUAAUCGGCGUGGAUUCUAGAUUCUUUGAUCUAUACGAUCCACCCUCUGACGUUAAUUGCGUUAAUCUGGAUACGAAUAAUAUAGCAAUUUGCGACGACAAGAAAUAUCUGAACGUAAAAUUACUGCCUAAGAAGGCAGCUAGACAACUUCGAAAUUGUCUAGAGCAUCUUUAUUCGAAACUGAUCUCUUUGGGAAAAAGUUAUUCAUCUAUGAAAGAUUUAGACGAUGAAGAGUUCAGCGUCGACAAAGAAUUUCAACAGAAGCGGAAGGAGCAAGCUUUGGAACUUGAAAUACAAGAUGCUUUUUUAAGAUUCACAGCUACCACAUUAAAAGGAUAUCGUGCUUUCUUAUUACCCAUCACGAAAGCUCCAACAGUUGGCUCAACGGAUCCGACUAGUUUGUUUAAUAUACAAGCGUUUCUCAGAAGUCGAGACAAAGCUCACGCGAAAUUUUAUAGCAUGUUAGUGAAGACACAGAUGUUUAUAAGGUUUAUAGAAGAAACGAGUUUCGUAUCCGAUAUGGAUAUGGCAGGUCUAGCGUUUUUCGACGAAUGCACUGAACGCGUUGAGGAUGAAAAUGUACCACUUCUGGAACUGGAUGAAUCUCAGCAUAGCGAACGAACAGUAUUUAUACCUCCACCGGAAGCUGGUCCGAGUCAAGCCCCGCUCAUUUAUCGCACAUUUAAAUUGAAUCCCGAUUUAAUAAGGCCACAGAAACAUUUCAAUAUAAAGAACGCGAAUUUAAGUGCCUUCGGUAUAAUACCAGGGAGUCCCAUGGCACGCAGAACGAAACACGAAAUUAAGGUGGCACAGAGGAUGGCACGCAAACAGGCAGCAAAGCCAGAUCGGUGGAGCAGAUGCCUGCUCGGAACCUGUUACAGUCUUUGGUUUCUACAUUUACCUGCGAUGUUGCAAGUGUCUACGCAGCCAGCCACAAUUUUACAUCAGGCAUACGAUUUAUUAGUUAAAAUGUCGAAAUUACAUCUUGAUCCUAUCGAAGAGGUCUGUUACAGAGCUAUGAUGCAACUUUGUGGUGUUUAUGGACAACCUGUCUUAGCUGUAAAAUUAUUAUUUCAUAUGAAGCGCAGCGGUGUUCAACCAAAUGCUCUUACAUAUGGAUUUUAUAACAAGGCCGUAUUAGAAGCAACUUGGCCAUCCGAUAUGACUAACUCCAGCCAAUUGAUGUGGAAUAAACUUAGAAAUGCCAUAGUUGGAGCUGCGUUAUUUAAAAGAGCUGGUAAACGCAGUGCUAGACGAAGGUUAAGUUCGAAUGCAGAUUUGUUAACUGUGGAUGGUAAAACCGCGAAUAUGGAACAUGCAUUUUCUAGGUCUAGUCUUGACAGCUCUCAUUCUCAAGACACAGAAGCUGCACACAGCGAUUCUACGAAAGGAAGUUCCACUUCGGAUUUACCAGAAUACGGACCAUUUGAAAUAAAAAAGCUUCCACGACAAAACAGUAUAGUAAAAGACUCUGUGGCAUUAAAUGCUAUGCAAAUAGAGGAACUCAAUAAUUCAUCGAUGACGCAAAGGUUGAUUCCGAACUUAGAAUCACCGUUGAAGAGUCCUAUACGCACACCAGUCACCGAAAAUGAUCCGUUGGGUGCCCUAAUUAAUGACGAGACGCCGAUCGUCUCGCCUUCAGAGGAGAACGAUUCGAAUUGCUCAACGUGUACUCUAACCGUUUUUAAUAAUGUCGAAGAGAGACCGGGAGGACCACUUUUAUUUCGAAGCAAUGUCUUGCCACGUAGUGCAACAUUUCAUCAAUCUAUAGAUGAAACAACCGGUGUCGCAAUCGGUGGCCACUUACAAAGAAGCGAAACAAUGCCCCAUUCUGUGGCGCAGCAAGGAGAACAAGAUAAAGAGAGGGAAAGGCUGGUAGAGUUGAGCAGUCUUUGGUCUCAAAAGGAUAGUGUUACCUCCAGUUUAUCCAGCCUAGGGUCUAGUUUGAAGCUUAGUUUCAACACUACAAGUUUAACAGGGAAGAAAUCCAAUGAGCUGAUACUCGGUGGCUUGAAUAGUUUAAAAUCGGCCGCCACGACAGUGGUGAAAAAAUUCGACGUAAUUAAAGAAGCCAUUUCUGCGACCAGCACACCUGUAAAACUUAAAGAGCGUGAUUAUAGAAUAGCGCAUGGAGCGUCGCACGAAUCGCUGGAUUCAAUGACUGAUGGAUCUGUGCAAGAUCGGAACGAAGCCCUGAAAAUGGCUGGUGACGGAAAUCUUGAUUCUUAUGCUUUGGACGACCUAGAAUGUUUAUAUUCAAAAGGAUCAAGAGAACUCGACGAACGAAUCGCUGUUGAGCUUGUACUGUCUAGUGCAAGUCGGUGUCAUCAUUGUGCCUCCAUACUCUACGACGAAGAGAUCAUGGCUGGUUGGCAACCGGAGGACUCGAAUUUAAAUACUGUCUGUCAAUAUUGUGACAAAGCAACAGUACCUUUGCUGACUAUAACGAUAUUAGAUUAUAGAUGCGAAGAAAACGAAAGGAAAAACGAUCCUUUAAUGGGAGCACUAGUUGAACUUUUGGACAAACCGAAAGAAUUAUUGGAACCCACCACAGUGCCAUAUUUGAACCCUUUAGUUCUAAGAAAGGAGUUAGAAAGUGUCUUAAGCCAAGAAGGUGAUACAUGUCUUACAAAGCAUAAGUUUAUCGAAGAACAUCCAAUUGUGUAUUGGAAUCUUAUAUGGUACUUUGAACGAAUUAAUUUAACGAGUCACUUGCCAGAUCUAUGGUUAAGUAACGAUAAGAAACACGAACAAAUAAACUAUGGUGCAGUAGGUGUUAAAACCAUGUGGGACAACGAGAGACUUCAUAUGGAUCGUCUGCCUAUGUACCUCCAAUGGAAAUUUAAUGUUGCAGAGGAUAAAACGUUAAUGCAGUCAGUGAUCACGCAUGUUCGUCGAAAUGAUCUAGCGGAUCCUAUUAAAAGAGUGGCCUUAGAAAGAAGCAGAAAUCAAGCACUUGACCAACCUCUAUUUUCUAUAUACCGUGAUAUCUUGUUUUUGGCAUUUACUGUCUUGGGUAGAGGGAAUAUUGAUCAAGGUGUUUUCGACAGAGAAUAUAAUUUAUCAUUAGACAGAUUAUCAGAAGGUGAGGAGAAGCUGUUGUGUAAACUUGAUGCUCCACCCUCGAUGAUGUCAGUGUGUUGCAGACAUUAUUUUAAGCAACUGAGCGUGUAAAAAUAAAGAGUAAAAGGUAUAAAAAAAUGGUGUAAUAUAUUGUGAAAAUCAAUAGAACAUUCUGGAGAAACAUUACAGGUUUAUCUGUUCAAGUCUGAUUUCGAUAUUCGUAGCGAAUCGAUUUUCUUUUUUAGAUGAACGCGUGUGCGAUCAUUUACCACGAAAUUUUCGUGAGGGCACUCGAUAUAUCUCGAUGAAUUCGCUUAACAAAUACGAAUUAUACACUUCUUUUCAUAUUUGAAGUAUGCAAUUUACUAUAAAUAAUUUUUUUAUUUAGAAAGUAGGCUGCGCAUACAAUUUCUUAUGGCAAUAUGUGAAUACCUACUUAGUUGUAUCUAUCAACGUGAUAUUAAUAAUUUUUCAGUACCAAAGAAACUGACUUGAUCAUAAAACUGUAGAUUCGAUUUCUUUUUAAUACGAAAUAUACGAGGUUAUGCGGUACGCAAGUAUCGCGACACGAAUUUUCUAAUUGGUAUUAAUUUCAACAAUGUUCGCUUCGUAAUUACACGGAUUAAAUGACUACGGUUGCGUUUCGAAACACAGAGGGUAGCAAUAGGACUCUUUACGUCUAUGUAACAUUAACAAAAAAAAAGACAAUAUUAAUUUUCUUAUAUUUUAGUUGGAACAAUUUAAAUAGUUUAUGACUAAUAGUUGAAUAAUUUACGCGUUCACGAUGAAAAGUGCUUGAAACUAUAACAUCGACUCUCAUUUAUUACUUUGUAGUGUUAGGUGUACAAAAACAGAUUAUUUUUACGAAUUUGUUGCAUUGAAAAAGAAAUAGUAAUUACUUGUCUAGUUCUUUGUUCUCAAUUCAUGAGUAUUCAUUUUAUUUUUGCAAGCUUUGAUAUUUAACAACACAAAAUCGUAUUUCUGUAGGCUAGUCAAUAAUACGGAGCCGCAAUUAAUAAUAAGGGAAAGGAUUCUCUUGAAAAAUUUUCGAAAGUAUUCUACACCUUCAAAUUUAGGAAAAUUCUAUAAUAGAGAACUUUACUUGCGAAGACUUAUACUUCUAAAAUGGACCGAUGUUUGUUAAAUUUGUUAUUAUUCUUGUGUUUAGAAUACAAUUGCAAAUUUUUCCGCGGGUUUUUGGCCAUGCUGUAAAAAAAAAUUCGACGUGACUUAGAGAAUUCUAACAUUUUAUUAUUUUCGUACAUUUUUAACAGUGCCCGCUUGGAAAAUAAUGUAAAACAAUUAUAAAUUAAUAAAUGCGAUCUUUUAAUUAUGUACAGACACGAA